GAGGGGCCCGCAUGCGCGUUCGGGAGUGGGAGGGUCGGAGGGAGUCCCGCUGCCUCUGGUUGAGCCGCGUCAGGGUCACGUGCUGAGUCUGUUGGGCCGGGGCCGCUGUUGCGUUGCGUGCGGCGGAGAACGCCCAAGUGUUAUAUACCCAGGACAUUCAAAGUUGAGAUUGCACUUAAGAGAAACCCAAACACAUUAAGAAUUUCCUAACCUUUUGUAUUUCUGGAUUCCAACAAUAGACUGGAAAUUGGAACAAUCCUAUAAUUUCUCAGAAUAAGAAGUGAUUAUGCAGCGAAGACGGAGGGGAGUAGACGUUGGAUUAAUCUUGUUACUUUCUCAAGUAUUUCAAGUUGGGCUUGAAAACAUUCCACCUGUAACACUUGGGACCCUAGCACUGAAUGUUUUUCUUUUUUUGAAACCUCUGAAACCACUGCUGAAAGUGUGUAUCAGUGUAGACCAAGGUUAUCACCAGAAAGACUGGCAGCGUUUGCUGCUUGCUCCAGUUCACCAUGCAGAUGAUUGGCAUUUAUAUUUUAACAUGGUCUCCUUGCUUUGGAAGGGGAUAAAGUUGGAACGUAAGCUUGGAAGCGUAUUGUUUGGGUAUAUAAUUGCAGUAUUUUCAGUGCUGAUUGGCAUUGUGUACAUGGUGUUGGAAUUUGCACUUGCAGGACUUCUGAAUGACCCUUCAUACAAAAUGAAUUGUGCUGUUGGCUUUUCAGGAGUAUUAUUUGCUUUGAAAGUCCUUAACAAUCAUUAUCACCCAGGAGGGACCAGCAACAUCAUGGGGAUUCCUGUAUCCAGCAGAUAUGCUUGUUGGCUGGAGCUUGUGGCCAUUCAUUUAUGUUCCCCAGGGACUUCUUUUGCUGGGCAUCUGGCAGGUAUUCUUGUUGGAUUGAUGUACACGCUGGGGCCUCUGAAGAUGCUCAUGAAAGCAACUGCAGGUGGCUUUUCUUACUUUAAUGACUCUGCAAGACAGAGAGACUACUACUCAGAGUAUUCUAGACACCCAAGUUACCCAUACAACACACCAGGGAACUAUGACAUGUACACUGGUGGGCUUACUGAAGAGGAACAGUUUGAAAGGGCAUUGAGAAACAGUCUUCACGACAGAGGUUUUAGUGCAGGAAGUCAUAGCAAUGAGAGGCGACCCUAUGGGUUUUGGUUUCCACCUGAACAGCUAUCAGAAGAGGAAGUGAGAAGACAAAGACUUAACAGAUUUGACAGAUGGUGAAAUUGCCAAGGGAAUAAUGAAAAUAUGUAAAGUGCUCUUCAGAGUUGCCAAAA